AUGAAACCUCGUAACUGCAUUCGGAGUUGUGAGUUUCAAUUAGCAAAGGGAGAAAAUUCGUUUCUUGAGUUGAAAUGUACUAGAGACUUAAAAGUUUACUUGAAUUUAUGGAAACCCUCAAUCGGUGUCAAAACUGGAUUGCUUACUAUCACUGUUACAGACGAAGACUCUACAAUUUACUGCAAAACGGUAUCGAGGAAUUAUGUUAAUGAUGAAAAAGGCACAAUCGAUUUACUUAAAGACUUCAAAGGCCCUUUACCACCGUCUAUUAAAUAUCCAUUAGUCAUCAACUGUAGUUCUAAUGAUUGGAAUGCUGCUGUUGAGUGUAAAGAUUCAGAGAACUUAUCACAUUCGAAUAAUUUACGAGAGCUUUCCUUGCAUUUUAAAAAAAUUCUGGAUGAAACCGUUUACUCGGACAUCGUUCUUAAAGUGAAUGAAGACAAAAUCAAAGCUCAUAAAUUGAUAUUGCAAGCUCGUUCCCCUGUCUUCCACAAGAUGUUCACUCAUGAAGCUGCGAAGAAUCCGAUAGCUAUCUCAGACAUUGGAUCAGAAACAAUGAAGAGGCUUCUCAAUUUUAUCUACACUGGUGCAACGGAUGAAUAUGGCUUUGGAGAACUUACGGAACUCUACUAUGCUGCUGACAAAUACGAAGUGAUUUCUUUACGAGAUAGUUGCAAAAUAAAAUUGCUGAACCUUCUUCAAGUGGAUAAUGCGUGUGUCUUAUUUGUCUUAGCAAACAGACACAGCGACGAAGUUUUCAAAAAUGCAGUGGCGCAAUUUAUCUGCGCGAAUUUUAAAUCAGUGGUCAAAACAGAAUCUUUUGAUGAACUGAGUAAAGAUGACAUGAAAUUUCUUACGCGUUUGUAUAUGAAUGAUAUGGAAGAGUGA